UGUAGUGUAGGCAGGGUGUUAGCGUGCGUAAAACCAACGAUUAAAGCUGACUUUAUUUGUGCGUAAAUGUGUACUAAGAGUCCCGAAUACUGAAGGGUUUUCAACACUACAAAUAUUUUCUUGUUGACAGAAGACCCCCUUCUAUGUGGCCAUUUAACCACCAACAACAUGCACCCACGGAUCCGCAGAGGCAGUGGAUGUUACCGGGGCUGAAGUAACAGGCUGCUCGGGAAGCACCGGGAGAAACUUUUCCUGUGCCCGGUGAACUGUGACCAUUUCUCUGGGUGCACCGCCUCCUCUCAUUUUAUUUAUACGUGGGUGAGCAGUGUGUGUUCUUUUGUGGCACCUCCUCCAUAGAUCUGGUUGCGCCAUGCAUUUCUCCUGGCUACUAUAGUAAGAGCACUUGCUCUGGUUUGGACUGCUCUGCGCGUCAUGCCGCGACACCUGAAUCUCACACCGGCUUCCAAACAGGAGUGCAUGGUUUCCUUGUAACUGGAUCUACUUUUGAAUUUUUGGAGGCAGAAGAGGGCAUGCAAAGCAGAACAUUUGCAAAGAGGAGAAGAAAGUAAAAGACGAGGUGAGCAGCUACAGAAGGAGAGAUUAUAUUCAGAGAGUAAAACUAUUACUUGUAGAUGUUCGAUCAGACCACCACUAUGGGCGAUGGGAACCACCGCUGUGGACCCAACCCGCUGGACCGGAUGGAGACGAAGUGCCGCGCCGAGAUAGGGAGCCGGUCCCCGGUUCAGAGCUCCACCGACACCCCGGGGACCUCAGCGUCCACCCCGACGUCCUCCAGCGAAGACGGGCACGACAAACUUUUGGGAGUGGACCCUGACUACUGUCGGAGGAUAUUAGUAAGAGACGCUAAAGGCACCAUCCGGGAGAUCGUCCUGCCGAAGGGCCUUGACCUGGACCGGCCUAAGCGGACCCGGACCUCCUUCACGGCCGAGCAGCUGUACCGGCUGGAGCUCGAGUUCCAGCGGUGCCAGUACGUGGUGGGGCGCGAGCGCACCGAGCUCGCGAGGCAGCUGAACCUCUCUGAAACUCAGGUCAAGGUCUGGUUCCAAAACCGCCGGACCAAACAGAAGAAGGACACCACGAAGGACUCGGACAAACGCUCCUCCUCCUCCAACGAGUCCUUGGCCACCUGUAACAUCCUGCGGCUCCUGGAGCAGGGCCGCCUCCUCUCGGGCCCCAUCCCGCCGCACAACUCCCUCCUGGGGCCCCACCCCUCCAACGGCUCCCUGCUGAGCAGCCCGGGUGGAUCCUCCACCUCUCAGGGGAUGGGCACUCCGCCCUCCUCCCUCGCAGGGGGGACUUUCGGGCUGUCGCUGCCCUCGCUGGGCGGCACCCCCCCCUCACCCCGCCUGGGCGUCCCCUCCCAUCACUCCCUCUGCUUCUCCAUGCCGCUGCUGGGGGGCGCCCACCACGAACUGACAUCCGUCUACGGGUGCGGUUCUUCAGCUUUUGAGCCGUACAUGCGGCUGGACAGGAAGGAGGCGGAUCAUGGCGGGAAGAAGACGGUUUCUUAAGUCCUGCGACACCUGGGGACUCGUCUCUGAAAGAGCGUUCCUCCUCAGACCUCCACCCCUCAAAUCUGUUUUAACUCUUGACUUUCAGCAGAUUUGGGGGGAAAGAAAACAACCUGGAUCAUGUGAUCUAUGCGGCACCAUUUUGUGCCACUGUUGACACAAAAUGGUGAAAAGAUGGCGGGAAGGACGUGAUGUGACGGAGACUCUCCUACAUAAAAAAAAAAACUUGUGAAUUUUUGCAGGAAAUGCCGUGUGUGUGUUGCGUGAACCCUGACAGGCAGAUGUUUUAUCACCGCUCUCUUCGCAGUGGUUUCAGUGACUUCACUUUUUGUCCAGUGAGUUUGUGUGUGUGGUUUUCUCUCUCUAUACAGGCCUUAAUUUUACUGUUCAGGAAAAAAAAAAAAUACUUGACAUGGUAGUUCAGACUGAAUCAGUGUCUGAAUAAGAAGAGUGAUAAUUCAAUGAGAGCAGUUUGUACACAUUUCAGUACAUAUUCCCGUACAAGUGGCCAUGUUUGAUUUGAGUUAAUGUGCUAUCACAAUAUGGAAGAAACACUGAAAAAAAAAAAAGAAUCGUAGCAUUUAAAUAUCAGUCUCUUUGGUGUCCAGCAGUAGUUUUAUGUAAAUUCUUUAUUUGGUUGUGUUUGUGUAUGAAAUAAUGUGGUAGGAUCUGGACAAAUGGUGCAAAACUCACAUAUCUAGAUCCCAUAGUUUUAAUAUAAAAGAACAUUAAGAAGGAUAAGUGUGUGAGGAAGCUGGUGAGACUCUGCCAAAGCAUUUAUGGACCAAGCUUUGGAGGUGUGUGUCCUCCAACCACUGAAGCAAGUCAAGGUCAAACUGAGAUGACCUUUGAGCCCAAAUGUACAGUUUUUGAUUGAUUUUGACCGUUAAAUCAGACUCAAAUCUAGGUUUUUAUAACAUCUGUCCCACUUUUUGAACAAUUAUUGUAUUUACAGAACCAAACGUGUGUAGGCCGGAAACUUCUUCGAUUUUAAUCAUCAAUUUUGUUCAUAUUUCAAGCUAAAUCCACGCAUUGUCUAGUUCCAGCUACAAAAAAAUACAAUUAUCUUUAUAUUCUUUCUCAUAUAUGACAAUUAACCACAACAGCCUCUGAGAAUCUUUUUUUUAAAUCUCACAUUUUCACAUUUUAUUUUAUUUAAGUUGCCCAUAUUCUGGUUUGCAACAUCACACCUAUCAGAAGUACUCUCUCAUCAGGUCAUAUCCAUAAUCACACGAAAUAUAUUUGUACACAGGAAACUAUAACGGUCUGCUUACAUUGCAGCAUCUUAAAUAUUUUCAAUAAUAUAUUUUAUUUUUCUUUAUUUGUGUUUGCGCCAUGUUUCCCCCGCUUUAGACUGUUGGCCCUCCUGCUUGCCCCCCCCCCAUUGAAAGCACUUUAUGUUUGUAGGUUUUUAUACAUCCUCAUGUAUGUGCCCCCCAUUUUCUCCUUAUUGAAAAAUCCCAGCUUUAGUGAGACUCGACACUUGAUGAUCCUCCCGAACCUAAAUUGACUCCAGGAUCAGAAAACAGCCCACUCUGAGACACCCUACAUACAUCAGCUGUGUUUUUCCCAUAUGAUUCCAUGUUUCCUUGUUGUCCAAAGAAAAUCAAAUCUCGCCUGCAAUUCCCCACAGUUUGCCCUCAAUCUGUUUGUGUCAGAUGAGUUCUCGCCCCUUUUCACAACUUCUGUCAGCUGCUUCUCCUUUCCAUCUCUUACUACCCAUUCAUGUCUUCUCAUUGUGAGGUUUAAUAUGUGCUCGCUGUAGGUGGCUCGACACCUAUUUAAAGAAAAAGCGACCACUAUUGUGACAUCAAUUUAAAAAGCUGCUCACGAGUAAAAGCCAGGCUGCGUCUAAAGCGUGUUUCCAGCUGCAGAUAAAUGCAUGGGAAGGUUUUGACCUCAGCUUAUGAAAGAAAACCUCUGUCUGGCGGCCUUUUUGCACCCGGGAUAGCAGGUGAUUUGUUAUUGUUGUGUUCAGGCCCCAGCAGUACUGCGAAAACCCCUGUUAUCCACUCCCGGGCUCUUUGCGGCGGUGCACUUGUGCUGUAUUAUUUUCUAUAAGCACUAUCCAUAAUUCACACACGGUGGCAUGAAAUAUUCAGCAGAGCGAUGGAGCUGAGAGGUCAGGAGGCUGCUUUCUCAUGUAAGGCUGCUGUAUCCUUUCACAAACCUUCCCUUUUCUCCCUUUCACUCACCAGAGGGCGUUUUGCGUCAAGCUUUCCUGUAAGCAAAACAGUCACGUUUUUUUACUGGAAUAUUUAUUUUCGUGUUGCAUGAUUUAGAGCUGUACUAGGAAAAGAGGGGCUCUGCAACAAACUCUUCUUAAUGAUCCCAUUCUCUGUUAUUUGUGACAGUAGAGGAGUUUGUGGUUACAGAAGACAUUUCCAUCCAUUCAGAAUCAGCACUGACUCAUGUUCUGUCACUGUACGGUGGUGUUUUGUAAUGUAAAUCUGCAGUUGCUGUAUUGUACGCUCAUUCACGACGAGGAGCGGCCAUAGGAGAGGGAUGUCAGAGCUCUGCCGCUUAAACAAAGCCUUUUUUGUUUUGUUUGUCCUCAAUCCAGCUGAGUGGAAGUGUUGCUUUUGACAUCUUGCACUUGUUUACCACCAUCUCAGAGGCAUUUUGGGCCUUCUCACUACUGCAUCGUGGGUUUUUCUGUUGGGUAAAGUCCUUUUGAGAUUGUGUGGAGAUGUUCCUUUUAUUUUAUUUUCCCUUUAUGCACAGCCAAGGUCCUGCAUAGGCCUUAACUUCCUUUCUUUUAAGCAGUAAAAGUGACUUAAUGUCAAGCUAAUGGCACCAUCUACUACUUAUGAUGAACAAACUCUAUGUACAUAGAUAUAAAUUUAUAUAUGAAUAUAUAUAAAUGGGUCUUUGCACAAGUUAUCUCCAUGUCCGCUCCAUGUGACUUUAACAGGAAAAAACAAAAUGCGACGGAAGAUUCAUUAAAAAAAAAAAGUCUUUAUAUAUGCUUUACAAUUCUUUGUCUCAUUAACAUUUUGCACUUAUUUAAAGAGGCUUACUUCUGUUUCUGGGCUGACAGAGCUGUUUUCAUGCUCGGCCAAGAUAUUGUACAAUAUGUAUAUGUAUUUUUAUUCAUAUGCAUAUAAAUAUAUGUCUAUGUAA